ACAAGAAAAAAUAUUAACGACAAUAGCGACACUGAUCAAAGUUAACACUGAUUAAAGUUGAGUGAAUAUUUAUAAAUUAAAUAACAAAUAAAUAAAUAAAAACAAUAAUGAUUAUUAAUUGUGAUUUGAGUUUACAAGAUUUCGAUGUUGUUGAUUUCUAUGGUACAUUGACAUGUUUUGCAUGGCAAGAUAAACGACUUAUAACAUUUACAUAUGAAUCAAUUGAUAAUAAAUUAGUAAGACCAAAAAAAACAAUAACAUUACCAAAUAAUAUUAAAAAUAUUGUCAAUUAUUCAGGAAGAGUAUUUGUUAUUUGUAAACCAAGUGGUAUUUAUAAAUUAUCAAGAGAUUAUAAAUUAGGAUUAUUAAGUAAAACUGGUCUUGGUCUUGGUUCAGCAUAUCACAGUGUUUUAAUACCAAAAGAUGAUUGGUUACAUGCUGAUGAUAAAUUAUCAAAAACAAGUGAAUUAUUAUUUCCAUUAUCAAAAAUAAAUAUAAGUAUAUUAUCUUUAAAUUCAUCAACAACAAAUGAUAAAUUUAAAAAAUUAUUAAAUCCAAAAAAUUCAAAUACUGAUAUAUGUUUAAUUGCAAAUGAUAAAAAACUAUUUUCAUUAACAAAUCAAGGUGCUGAAUUAAUAUAUGCAAGUGAAAUAUCAAUUUUAAAUUUAAUAACAAUUAAAAAUAAUAUUGAAGAUUGUGGUAUUGCAUUGAUAAGUGAUUGUCAAACAAUUAUUGUAAGUCAUAUUACAAAUGACAAUCAAUUAAUAUUUAAAGAAAUUAUAUUUGAUUUUAAUAUAUCAUUGUAUUCAUUGGAAUUUAUUCAAGAUAAUCAAGAAAUAUUUAUUGUUUAUGCUGAUAAUGUUAAAGUUAAUUUAGCAAAAUUAAAAUUUGGUUUAAAUGCCAUUGAUAAUAAUUCAAUUGUUUCAAAUUUAAAUAUUAUAUCAUUAAAAAAACGUAAUGAUAAAUUAAUUGGACUGUCAAAUGAUGGUAAAUUAGUUGAAAUUAUUGUUGAUACAAUGGCUACAAAUAAUACAGAAAAUAAUAGUAAUAUUAAUAAUCAAAAUUAUUGUAAACUUGAUCAAGGAAUGCUUAAAUGUGCUGGUGUUAUAAUGGAUACAAUUUGUGAACGAGUCAAAGAAUUAAAUAAUAUCAAUGAAAAAUUAUUAAUUCAUAAGGAUGUAUUGAAUAGAGUUAAUAUUUAUUCACACAAAAAAAAUAUAUGUCAUAUACCAACAAUACAAAUUAACAAAACAGCUGGUAAUUUAUAUCUUUGUGUUAAAUUUAAUACACAAUUACCAAAAAAUAGUAAAAUUUUUGUUAAUAUUAUGAGCCAAGGACAAAAUAUUUUUUCAUCAAAAACUGUUAAAGGAUCAAUAACAGUACUGGAGUUACCAAUUAAAGAUGAAAUGAUUGAUAGUGAUUUAAAUGUAUCAUUUGAUUUAGUUACAUUAUACAAUGAAGAAAAACCAUGGUGUAUUGUUAAAAAUUGUAUUCAAGAAUUACAAAAAUCAAAUGAUAAAACAAAUGAUAAAAAAAAAUUUCUUAAUGCUAAAUAUGAUACACUUAAAAAAUUAAUUGAUGAUGAUAAAAUUGAUAUGAAAAAAAUUAUUAAUAUUAAAAAUAGUUUACGU